UAUAACCAGUAAGGUUCACAAAGGUCUGGUGUUUUACGGUAAAUUACAAAAAUAGUAAGAGACGCAGAGGUUGCCUCAUUCUGCGUCGUCAUCGACCCUUAUCUAUUUACUUUGAGUAACAUAAAAAGUUGGGAGCUCCAACGAUAUUCCGAUUUUUACCCUUGAAAGCAGAGAGGAGAGACACUCUCUCCACACCACAGACAAUGGCCCCAAGUCUGUCUUUGCUGCUGAUCUGUCUGCUUGCCUUGUAUACACCAGUGACAUCCAAGAAAGAAUGUGGCCGCCCGUCCCUGGGUGACGGUAUGGACCUGGAGGGGCUCCAGAGGGUGUACUCCCCCGGAGACGCGGUUUUGCUGUCGUGUAAACGAGGAUAUACACCCACCUCAGGCUCUCGCACAAUCAUCUGCACUGCUAGCGGACACUGGACCAAGUCUAGACUCAAGUGCUCAACAAAGAGUUGCUCUUUCCCAGAAACAUUAGACCACGGAGACAUGGAGCUUGUGGACAUUGUCUACCAGAGUACCAUCAACUACACCUGCCAUGAGGGGUAUAUCCUGCAAGGAGCCAGUACCAUUGAGUGCUUGUAUGACGGACAAUGGAGUGAUCCACCACCAAAGUGUACACCGGUGAUAUGUGGUCUUCCUCCAAUACCUAAAUAUGGGAAAAUAGUCUACGACACAAAGUUCACAGGCAACAUAACUGUGUUUGGUUUUGGGGGGACCUACGAGUGUCUCCCUCCACUUGUCCUCAUAGGCAAUGAGAGGGGAUCGUGCAGCGCUAACGGAGACUGGACUGAGCCACCAGAAUGUAAAAUGGUGACCUGUUCAGCUCCAACAGACAUCCACAACGGCUUCAUGACUAUUCAUGAUAAGAGGGAGUACGGCUUCAAGGAGACUGUCAGAUAUGGAUGUAAUGUAGACUAUGUCCUGGAUGGGCCUGUGGAGAUCGAAUGUCUCAAAACAGGGGAUUGGUCAAUAAAGCCAGCUUGCAGGGCUCCCUGCAAGGUAGGUAUUACAAGAGGACGCAUCCUUUACAAUGAAAGGACAUUUUGGAUAAAGGAUUUCGAGCCCAAUAAAAUCUUACAUGCGGAAGUAAUCUCGGUCUACUGUAUGAACAAGGAAAAGAAGUGUGGCUAUGCAGUGUCAACCCAGUGCAUCGAUGGAAAACUCAAGAUCCCAGAAUGCUUUGAAGAACCAAGUGAUACACUCGACGAUAAUUCCCUACCAGCUGAGAUAGCCCAGUGCUGAAACUCAACUGCGCAUGACAAAGCAAAUUGAGACCGAGAACAUUGAUUGCUUGAAUUAAAUGUCAGUAAAACCAUGUGUAUUUCUAUGUAAUGCUAUGCACUUGUUCCUCAGAAAAAAAAUUCUGUAGCGAACAAAUUUUUACGAUGAAUAAAAAAAAUACUGUUUUCUUGUA